UUUCUCGCGGGGCUGUGACUGUUUGAGAACUUCUUCGGAAUUGGGAGGAAACGGGAGGUGGCUGCGGUGUGCCAAACAAUUUGGAAGGGGGUGACACAAGAGGGUGCAUUUGGUUAUAAACAGCACCGUUUGUGCAACUUUCCUGACCAUCUGGACGAGGGAAGGGAGCAUUUCGAAGUGCGGAGGAUGUGUACCACGGUUAUGGCCAUGGCUCUCAACUUCCUUUGCCUUGUAUUUAUCACAUCAGUAAUUUUACGAACUGCGACAUCGAGUACCUUCAAUGAAUCGAUUUACCUGGUGACGGUCAGCUCGGAGGUGGUAGGAGGGACCAAAGAGAAACUUUGUGCUCAGGUCCACCAAGCCACAGAGCCUCUGUCGUUGAAGGUGUCGCUGGAGAUGGAGGGGGGCAGCAGCAUCAUUCUACUGGAGGAAGCCGUAACACAGGACUUCUAUCGCUGCAUCUCCUUCCAGGUACCCCCAGUGAAGGCUGACAGUGUGGCCACUGUCCAUGUCAGCAUCAAGGGGAGGAAGGAUGAAAUGAGUAAAAAGACCAAGAUCCUUAUCAAGCCUAAAAGAUUCCUGACCAUUUUCCAGACAGACAAACCAGUCUACAAACCUGGACAGACAGUCAAGUUCCGAAUCGUCUCGCUGGAUGCCAGUUUCUUGUCAUUCAAUCAGAUGUAUCUAACAGUGGAGCUUCAGGACCCAAACUCCAACCGCAUUGCUCAGUGGUUGAACCAGUCAACAGUGAGUGGAAUUCUGGACCUGUCCCACCCCAUGUCCGCAGAGGCAACGCAAGGAAGUUACAUCAUCACUGCAUGGAAUGAGAAGGGAGAGCAAACCUCCCAAAACUUUGACAUCAAAGAAUAUGUGUUGCCCAAAUAUGAGGUGAAAGUCCAUCUUCCCCAAACAAUAACUAUUCUGGACAAGCAAGCAACACUGAGAGUUUGUGGAAAAUACACUUAUGGAAAACCAGUGCUGGGGUCUGUCAUGGCGAAAGUUUGCCGAAAUGUCAUUCAAUAUCGCUGGUUAUAUGAUGCUAUUAAUAUCUGCGAGUUGUAUCAUAUGAAAACCGACACAACUGGUUGUGCAACCCAAAUUAUUGACGUGACCCGGUUCGGUCUAAAUGAAUCAAAGUUUGAUGACUUCGAAGUGGAGACUGAGAUGGAAGAAUAUGGAACGGGGGUCAUCCUUAAAGGUAGUGGCAAGGCAAGCUUCACCAAUGUCAUCAUAACUGUUCGUUUUGAGGACGUGCCCCAAGCAUAUAAACCAGGAAUUGCAUACGAGGGGAAGAUCAAAGUGACCGGUCCAGACUCUAGUCCCAUUCCCAAUGAGCCUGUGUAUCUCUUCCUACAAAACGGUGGCACAUCUGAGAACUGGACUCUCACCACAGACAGCAAGGGCAUUGCUUCUUUCUCUCUAGACACUUCUCUAUGGAGUUCUGAUUCUGUCUCUCUGUCGGCUCGUUAUCAAAAGGUUAUGGAGGAUUAUCCGUACGAGCAGGGUGUGCGUAGACCAGAAUAUUCAUCCGAUUACCAAUUCACAAGAAAAUUUUAUUCCAAGAGCAAGAGCUUUGUGAAGAUAAUGCAGGGUGAAGGGAAGUUCUCCUGUGAGAAGGACGGUAUUGUUCUUGCUCACUACAUCAUCCAAGGGGUGGAGCUGAAAAAGGGACAGACGACCCUGGACUUCUUCUAUCUGGUUAUAUCUAGAGGCAGCAUUCAGCAGCACGGCCAUCUUCCGGUGACUGUUACAGAAGGAAAAGUAAACCAAGGGCAGCUGACUCUCUCGCUGCAGCGGAUGCCUGAGCUGACCCCUUUUGCCCAGGUGGUGGUGUACACCGUGUUGCCUGAUGGGGAGGCAGUAGCAGACAGCCGAGACUUCCCCAUUCACCUCUGCCUAAAAAACGAGGUGUCCCUGAAGUUCUCGUCCCUCCAGGAGUUGCCAGGGGAGAAGACCUCUCUGAGCCUCCAGGCCCACCCAGGGUCUCUGUGUUCUCUCAGGGCCAUCGACCAGAGUGUGCUGCUGCUGCAGCCGGAACAGGAGCUCAGCCUAGACUCUGUCUUCAGUCAGCUGCCUGUUCAGAAGUUGUCUGGAUAUUCAUACAGAGUAGAAGACUUUGACCCCUACCCAUGCCGACCAUUUCCUCCAAUCGUUAAAGAGGAGAUGGAAGUGCCCCCUCUACCUGUCCCUAAACUGUCCGAGGAGUUAGAAGCACCACCCGUACCUGACAGGAAAAAACGCUCAGUCUGGUUUGUCCCCAACAAUGACAAAAACGAUGUUUACAACAUCUUUAAAGAAGUUGGAAUCAAGAUCCUGACCAACUCUGACGUGAAAAAACCUUACCACUGUAUUAUACCCUUUUCAAUGGAAUAUGACGCUAUCCGAGUUAAAUCAGUAGAAGAAAUUGAUGCUCCAGUGUCAAUGGCCAACAUGAUGCCAGAGACUUCAGCCGCUAGAGCCUCUGACGGGCCUAAGGAGACCAUCCGCACGUACUUCCCUGAGACCUGGAUCUGGGACUUGGUUCCUGUGGGACAUACAGGAAAAGUGAAUGUUGAGAAGACUGUCCCUGACACCAUCACUAAGUGGGCUGCAGGGGCAUUCUGUACUUCCCCAGUGGGUUUUGGCCUGGCUCCCAACACUGGCCUCACUGCCUUCCAACCUUUCUUUGUGAGCCUGACGCUGCCCUACUCUGUCAUCCGGGGGGAGGUGUUCACACUCAAGGCCACAGUGUUCAACUACCUCUCCAAGUGUAUCAUGGUGAAGGUGAUUCUAGCUGAGUCGGACCAGUUCACAGCCAGGCCAUGUGAAGGCUGCCAGUACACACUGUGUCUGUGUGCUGAAGAGAGCAGGACCUUCAAGUGGAUCCUCACCCCAACUGCUCUGGGGGAGGUGAGUGUGAAAGUGAGCGCCGAGGCAUUGAAGACUGAGGAGCUCUGCGGAAACGAAGUGGCCACGGUGCCAGAGAAAGGACGCAUUGACACCGUUGUGCAAUCACUGCUGGUGGAGGCCGAGGGAACCCAGGAGACGGUCAGCCACAACGCUCUGCUCUGCCCUGCAGAGGGCCCAGUGGAGAAGGACAUCUCUCUGAAGCUGCCUGAGGUGUUUGUGGAGGGCUCUGCCAAGGCCUCCCUCUCAGUACUGGGCGACCUGAUGGGUCGGGCCAUGAAGAACCUGGACAGCCUGUUGMAGAUGCCCUAUGGCUGUGGAGAGCAGAACAUGGUGCUGUUUGCUCCCAACAUCUACAUCCUCAACUACCUGCAGAGCACCAGGCAGCUCACCAUGGAGAUCCAGACCAGGGCCACGGGCUUCCUAGACAGUGGCUACCAGAGGGAGCUCAACUACAAGCAUGACGAUGGCUCCUACAGUGCCUUUGGGAAGAGCGAUGAGUCUGGAAACACGUGGCUCACCUCCUUUGUGCUGAAGUCCUUUGGAGGGGCCAAGCCCUACAUCUUUGUGGACCCCGCCCACAUUGCCCAGGCCAAGGCCUGGUUGGCCAGUCACCAGCAGACGGAUGGCUGCAUCGCGUCAGUGGGGAAACUCUUCCAUAACGGCAUGAAGGGAGGGGUCGGGGAUCAAGUGUCGCUCACUGCCUACAUCACCGCUGCACUGCUGGAGCUGGAUGGCAACACUUCUGUGAGUUAUCACCUCUUUCCAUAUCCAAGUAUUUAAAAAAAAAUAUAUUAU